GGAGCCCCUGAAGAAGAAGCAGAUCCAUCUGGGUUAUGGCGAAUUCCUUCCCUCAAGCAAUGACAGCUCAGAGUGUGUGAAGCUCUGACGCUGAAGAAGCGAUCCGACUAGCAGCUGCCCUCGCCCUCUCUUACCUGCUCCCUUUCCCCCCUGGGUCCAGCCAAACUCUGUCUUCUCAAGCACCCAAUAAUCACCAGCAGUCAGGUUUCCCCACAACUAAUGGACAAAAUUCUAUAGGUGAGAAGGAACAAAAGCAAGGACAUCUAAACCCCAACAGACUUUGACAUACAUUUUUUUUUCCCCUUUCCUUGGUUUUCCACAUGACAUAUACAAGGCAUGCUGUAAAGUGUACUCAUUCCAGGGCUCACUUUGACCUGGAGCUGUGUGAGAAUAAGUCUGCUCCUGGUACCUGGCAUUGGGAUGCUGCCAAAAUAAGGUGCCAGGAACCUUAUGGAGGCAAAUCCUCCUCCCUGGCUCCUGCUCUUUUGUUGCAUCUUCUGAAAUCCUGUACUUAGUCCUUUCCACUUUAGUUGACAAGAGUAACAUGCAGCACUGUCUUCUAGGUUAUUUUCAAGGGAAAAUACAUGCCUUCAGCCUGGGAAUUCCUGCAGGAGUCGGGAGCUAGCUUUUUAGAACGAGUAGGUGUAGCCAGAGAUGAAAAAUAAAAUGUCAGUAUGAUCUGGAAGGUUUAUUUGGCAUGAAUCUGAGAUGACCACACUGAGCAGUGAAGCCAAUAAAAUCUUUGUACUAGGAAAUCAUGUGUUCUGAGCAUGCCACGCACUUUACAGAACUAUUCCAGGAAUGUUGCUUCAGAGUUUUAUAUGUUCAUUUGGUACUUAUUUUUCGUCUCACUUGCUCCAAAAGCCAGGUGCUUUAAUCGCAAUGAAAUCCACUGCCCAGGUCACAGAGAAAAAAAAUGGAAAAUAAUGCAAUUACAGCAAGUCCUAAAAAUGAUCUAAAAUAACAUUUUUAUAUGCAACUGAAUAAUAAUUUUAAGUUGGAGUAUUUCCUUACCUCCCCAGUGUUAAAUAGUGACUUUCUUACUGAAAAUGCCUUAUUAAAAGCUUUUUUUACAUUCCAGAAAGAUUUGGCUUGUGGUCAGGAAAGCCUUCAAGAUGGUAGAUCUUAAAUUUGUCAUGGUCCCUGUGUCCAUCCUAUAUGUUUCCCUAGUAUUCUGAAGAAAACAUGUGUAUCAGAGGAUGGGGAGAGAAGUUUUUUUCCUGAUUGAAUAGUUCAAGAAGGUAAAAAAGCCCAACAAAACAACAAAAAUCAGCUCCCUCUAAACAAUGCUUUAAAAAAUGUAUUUUGAAAAAGCAAAGCUCAUGGGUAAACACAGGAGUACUGAUAGAUACAUAUUAUGUGCUGCAAGCAGGGUUUGUGUUCUGUGCUAGAACAGAGAGGCCUUGGCUGGUGUCUGUGGGCCCUGAGCUUGAUUCUAACCAAGAAUUACAGUAGCAGGUGACAGGCAGAGGGUACAGCUUGAGGAGGAACACAGGAGUCAUGGCUUGUGUUUGGAUGUUCCAGCUGGGGUCAGAUGGGCAUGCGGAGCCUUCCCUCCAGAGUGAGGAUAGCAGCUAUUUUGUGAUGUGAUCUUAACAACCCAAGGCUUGCAUGUAUUUCACAUGCUUCAGGGUGUCUGACCCAAAGAUAACCAUGCUCAGAGGUGUCAGAAUGUACCAGAAGAACCAGUCCAGGCUUGUGGGGGUAGUGCUUUGGCAUAGGCAGGGAUUUGGGAGGUGCUCUGUGACAUCUCAAUGCACUUCUGUGCCAUAGGUCCCAGGGAGCUACCUCUGCCAAUCUUGGGGUGGUAGCUGUGCUUUUGACAGGUACCUCUGCAGGACCAGAUGUGGGGAAUAUUUCAGUAAAUUUGUGUCCAAGUCAGCCCCAAUUCUGUGACAUGAGGUUUGUGGGCGACAGAGUCGCAUUCUUAUGGUCUGCAUUUGUUUGAAUGGUCCCCAGAGGAAAAAGGGCUUUGAACUUUCUUAUCUAAGCUCCUCUGAUAUUUUGUAGCUUGUGGUAAAUGAUGUAUGCUUGUUUUUGUUUUUGUUUUGUUCUACCCUAAAACUAUUUUUGCUUCAGUUGCACUUUAAAUGUUUGAAGGGUUUCCCCCUCCCUUAUUAUUUGAUUUAAUUGGAAUUAUGGUGCUUAUCAAAAAGUAUUACUGCAAGGUGACCUGGUAAUAAUAAUUUCCUUUCAUCUAUACCAAACAUUUGUAGAUCAUUAAAAUGUCGCAAAUAAAAAGUCGUAGUCACAAAGAAAUGGUUUUAUAUGAGCACAGUAAAAUAUGAAAUUUCAUUAUAUACAAAAAGGCUAUAUUUUUUAUUCCUUGUUCACAGAGGAAACCUCCAACACAUGUGGAAUGCAUGGCAGGAUGUAGGACCCUCUAAGGGCUGUAUACAGAUACAGACGAGAGGGGGGAAAAAAAAAAGAAAAAGAAGGCACAGUGGUUCUGAGGAAACGACCCCUUUCAGUAAUAAAUGGAGCAUGUACUCUGGGUCUCCAGAAGGAUUUGUGCAGGGAUCUCACUCUGCAUAUGCGUGCAUUCCUCUGAAUCAGACAGGUGUUAAAGUGAAAUGGUGCCCAGAGGACGCAUUACCCUCCUGUGCUAUCAGCAGCCUGACCACAUGAUGGAUCCAAAGGAAGCCAAGCACAACUGCUGAGGGCUUUGCCAAAGGGUUUAGAUGCCAAGUGCUGAGAGUCUCCUUGCCAGCUUGGCACCUUUAGGCCAUGUGGCUGCUGCUGGUAUGGAAUUGUCAUUGUAAUGUACUGAGAAGAAUGGAACCAGAAGCUGUCUUAGUAGUUCUGUGUGAAUGAAGUUCUUAUUGUUGUGAAUAUAAAAUAUUAAUUACCUUACAAAUGCAUUUGAGUAGCUGUACAUGACUUUGGCAUCUGUCCAGACUAGCAGUGGUGAAAUCAGAGGAUUGCCUCCUGGCAGCCAAAAUUAUUUAUCCCCCUGCCCUUCCCCAGCAUCACACUGGAAGUAAGAGGGGAACUAUUUGAAAACAGUUGACAUCUGGGGAAAGAUGUUAAUUGGCUCCUGGGAUUUGGAUCAGUCCUUGAGCUGGUGCCUUAAGAGUGGGUUUAACCAAUGCUGUAAUCUUCUGGCACCUGUUGCAGUUUUUGGCAGUGGCACAGGACAGCUUUGAUUGCACUGGGACUGGAGUAGCGAACAUAUGCCUAAUGCCCAUCCCAGAAAGAAUGACUUAGUGCCCUUAAUGCCUUUCCUAUUGUUUUAUUUUCCACUUUCUUUUCUCUUAUACAUCAAGCUGCUGUUAAUAAUUAUCAUUACAUGCAGGCAAGCACCCACCAGCAUCUUAAAAAAAAAUCAAAGAAAAAGCAAGAGGCAAACAGGAGCUGGGAAAGUUCUGUCUUAUCAGAAUCCAGCUACUUUCUGUGUUUGAUUUUCAGUUGUUUGCCUGGCCCUGAAUCUUUAAGAACUGUGGUAAAUUAAGGACUCCAGGAGAAAUGAUACAUAUCCAGUGUCUGAGAUGUAAUCAGAAGAAGAGUAUUUUGUUUUCUAAACAUGUUAAUUAAAAUAACCAAGUAAGUGUCUUCACAGGAAGAUAAUUCAGAGGACCUGUUAAAGGAAGUCUCUGCCUCCAUGUCUCUGUACUGAUUGUGCAUCUGUAAAUGGCUGCCAUCCAACAAAGCUCUUAAGUGCAUGCUCAGCUCCAGCACAGCUUGGCUACAGCAAUGUUUCUAGCUUUGGCAUGUUUGGGGCAUUUACAUGCUUGGUGAGAGGCACAUGCUCGUGUGCCCUUCUGAAUAACUAACUCUUCCUUGUGUCCUACAGGCCUGUGGCCAGGAGUGGGGGUCCUGUGUCCAGCUCCUGUAGAAAGAAAAGAUAGCAAUAGGGUUUCAAUUCAGCUACAGCUCCAGGGUUUUUAUCCUUCUCUUGGACAUCACUGGAAUGCAGAGAAAACUCAUUGGUAGCUACAAUUUACAUGUUAUCUGAUAAGGUAGAAAGAAGUAUUUUUGCUUUAAACUACUAAAGAAGAUUCCGGGAGUCUGAAUUGAAAGUAAAUGGAACAAGAAGUGAAGACUUUCUCAAAAUUAUUAUUUUUUUAAAAGUGAAAACAACUCAAAAAGACAAAAUGCAAACAGAAUUUUGAGUCUCUUCAUACAGAAGUAAGCAAAGAUGUGCACAGCUUGUCUCCUACUUUCCACAAGCUUUGUACCGUAGGGGAAGACUCACAGGAGGCAGAUAUUCCUAAUAAGGGAAUGUAUUGCUGUUUUUCAAAUCCUGUAUGAGUUCUUUUGCUUUGGAGAGAAAUAACUUGGAACUUCUUAUUAGCCUUGCCACUACCUGGAGCAUUUUGCUGUUUCCUUUGGUAGAUAUCCUGACUUUUGACUAUGUGGAAAAUGCAGGAAAAAAAAUCUCCUCCAGUGUUGUUUCCUGCAAAGACCAUUCUUAAGAGCUCGUUGGACAGCGCAGGACUCUUGAAGUGAUAGCUAAUUGGUGAAAGAAAGGCCCUGAUUGUCUUGAGGGAGCUGGAAAGUGCUGCAUGUGCUGCUGAAAGGGACUAGGGAGAAGGUGCCUGGUUUCGCUGAGCAGCUGCUGCUGGAGAUGUUUGGAGAUUACAUCAGCAUUGGAAAAGAGGGGCCAAAAAAAAAAAAAAUCCAACUUCACAGAGACAGUUUAUGGAGGUUUUUUUCUCCCUUCCAAAGGUCUUCUGACAAUACUGUCAUUGUCAAUAUAAGAGUUGUUAAUUCUUUAUGAAUAGCACAUGGGGCCUCUUGACUAAAUAGUACGUUACAUGUCCCAAAUCUGUCAGCUGGACUCUUCUCUCACAUGCUAGUGAGAUCACUUUGAUUGGAAUGUUAGAGGAAUUGCUGGGCAGGCCAUACAGAACUGAAUACUACAUUAUAUAAUUAGAUCUCCAAGAGUAUUUUUUUCACAUUACCUCAUUAUUCUAGCUUAAAUAUGGAAUCAGUCCUUUUGAUGGUUUUACUGGUUGCAAUUAUAUUAAUACGAUUCAUUUUGUGGUCCUGUCUUAGUACUUAUAUAGAUUAUAAACUGUCCCAAAGGUUUCCUGACAGAAGAAAAGAGGACUAAAAGACUUCAAAAGCCUCAUUCAGAUUUGAAUUGACAAUGGGGAGAGCUGGAUAAGGUAAAUGGAGCUAGAGCAGCUUUUACCUUGGGAUCUGAUGAGAGAGAAAUGACCUGUUAAGACUUCAGCUGCAUGAAGAUCCUUCAGAAAGUCUCACUGAUAAAGGGGAAGGAAAGACAACUGAUUGAGUCAAAUGACUUCCUUUCCAACUUGGGCAUGAAUUUGUUGUUUGGAACAGACUUGUGGACUUCUACCAAUUAAAUGAUGUGGGCAAGCUGGAAGGAACCCUCUUGCUGGGCAGUCCAAGAGUGCUCAGUGUCCACGUGCCACGCUCUGGGCUGGCAGGAGCAGAUUUUCACCUGGCUGGUUGAUUUGUUACCACAUUCCUCAUGGCUCUUCUCAGCUAGAAACUUUGUGUGUUUCAUCUGAAACUGCCAAAUAUUCACAUUUCUUAGCAAGCAAUGUAUCUGAGUACUAGUAAAAGGUGGAUACCACUGGGAUAAUCUGUUCCAUGGAAGACAGAUUUGUGUCUCAGAGGUUUUCUGAUGGACUCUGGCUGCGCUUCAGUACCCACAACAGGUGAGGGGACAAUACAAGUGAGUUUUAACACCAAAGCCCUUCAAGGGUCCUUCAUGUCUAGCCUGAAAUAAGCACCCUACUAGGACACUGGAAGAUUUGACUGCUUGCCCAAGGACAAAGUGACUUGGGAUUUCUUGGUUAACUUACCUGGCAAAAAGAAAUACAUUUUUCCAAGUGAACUGUCUACUUUGAAAUAGGUGUUGUAUUAAGUCAAACAACCUAAAUCUGACUGCAACUCAGUGUAAUACUGUCUUUUAAAAACUGAAUUUUUCUACAGUAAAGAUAGGAAAAUUGUAUUACCUUGCCUGAGAAAUGCACUAUCCUUACCUCAGUCACUAUUUAAAUUUUUUUUUAGAAGUCCUUUUUUUUUGUUUGAUCAUUUUCUAUCUCAUGUGAAACUGAAGGUUACCACUUCAUAUACUUAUUUCUUUAUCUCUUGGUAGCUCACAUGAUGAUAUCAGAGUUCAUCUAGGUAAAAGCCUACAGUAUUCCCAUACAGUUUCUGGCCCAUUCAUGACUCACAUACUCUUACAGGCUUUUCAUUAGUAACUGCUCAUCAGCCCUUAUAAUUUUGUCUUUUAAAGCCUCCUAAAAAUCAGACAUGAGAGCUGGUAUGUGCCUAGGCAGUGGAACAGGGUAAAUGUCAGGUCAAUUGGUUUCAGCCUGUGAUUUUAUUUAUGGUGGAUGACCACUCUACAAAACAACCUGUAAUGCCUGAAGGUACAUGUCGGGUUUGAAAUCCUGCCAGAUGACAAUAAACUGUAUGUAAAUGUAACUAACUUCAUGUCUGUUUCUCUGAUUCUUAAUUUUAAUGAUAAUUCUGUCCUUUUUGUGUUUCCCCAACACCAGCCACAAAGGGAAAGCAAAGUGUUGUCUACUUGGUGUGCAGACAUACUUUUUAUAACGAGUAACUGGAAAAAUAGCAACAGUGAUCUGUUUUACUUCUUUCAGUUAAUCAUCGCUAUUCUGAGCUGCUGUGUAUAAAACAAAGCUUGUGGAGAAAAUGAUAGUGCCUUUAAGAAAUAAAUCUUCUAAUUCUUUAUUUCAAUCAUACUGGAAUUUUAUAUGACAGUGUCAUGUUUGUAUUAAUUGUUUAAAAGUGUGGAUGUAAUGAGAAGUGGUACAGGUGAGGUUGUGGUUUACUGCAUUUAACAUUUUGGGAUAUUGGAACUGACAGAGAUACGGAAUUCUCAACUAUGAUUUUUUUGUCCCUGCAGGGCAGCAUUUCAAGUUUCUCUGUAAAUCAGAGUUUGUGGUCCUUUUAUGGACCAUACCCUAUGGACUGGAUCCAUUGGUAUUUGUGGAUCUAAAACAUUUGAUUUGGACCUUAAGUGAGUCACGUGAGUUGCACUCUGAUUAUAAGAGUGGUCUGGCCAAGUAUUAAUUGGCAUAAUAUUUCUCUGUGUCCUACAUUGGUAAAACUGGCUGCAGCUCCAAGCAGUUUAUUAGAACAUCCACGUUUUGAGGCACAUUUAAUUAAUUUAAUAAUUAUAAAAUUUUUUACUGACGAGUUCAUUUAGGUCUUGUUGCCUACUACACUCCUUAUGUGUUCAAAGCAGUUUGAACAGCAACUUGGUUAAUUUCUGUGCAUUCAUAUUAGUUGUCAUCCCAUCCUGCAGGAUGUGGGAAGCCAUCCUGUUUAUCCUGCAUUACAAAAUCAGGGCUAUCACACUUUCAAGAGUGCAUAAUAUAAAGGAGAUUGAGAUCUUCCUUUUUAUUCCCAUAGGUCUUUGCCCUCUCUCUUUUCAUGGAGAUAAUAAAAACCUAAGCACUUUAAGUAUGGUAUGGUGUGAAAGUAUCCACUGGUAUCUCCUGGUGUGAUCCUAUGGAGCACUGUGCUGACAUUUAGAUAUUUAAAAGAUAUUUCUACCCUAUUGAUUUUUUUGCAUUUAAGGAUGUAUUUAAAAAUAAGCAAGUGCUUAAUGUUAGUUUUGAGCUGUGGACAGUGUGAAUGAAGAUUACAGGGUAGAUCCCCCUUUCCAGACAUGAAACAAUGGUAUGUGUAACAAAAGGGAAAAAUAAAAAUGAAAUACUGUGGUAUUAAAAUCCUUGCUAAUGUAAAAUUAUUUGUAUUUUUAUAUAUUGAUUAAAAUCUACUGUAUAUAAAUGUGUUUGUUAUGUUUUUAUUAAUUUAUAUCAUUAACAUGCUAAG